UCAAGCUUGGAAAUCCUUCUCAUUUCAAUACUGCAAAACGAUUGUUGGUUGCGAUCGAUCCACAACCAUUCUUCCAUAGCUCGAUCGACCAGUCGAAGAGUUUUUGGCUUCACAGUUCUCGCUCAAAGAGUGUUUCUAUCAAAUGCGGCUGAAGAUAAACAAGGCCUGUGAUCUCAGUUCUAUCUCCGUUCUUCCUCCUCAGUCCAGAAGGUUAAAUGCGUUAACGACUGGGCAGCAAGCAUCACAGUUGCGAUCACAACCUUCGCAACAAUCCUUUUCUCAGGGAUUGUCAUCUCAGCACGGCAUGUAUUCUCAACUUUCUCAGAACUCUUUUGACGAAGUCGUGACAAAUGAACAGAGAUUUAGCUCUCAAGACCGAGAAAACUCAAUUAAGAAGAAUUCCUUUUUUCCUCCUGUAAGUUACUCCAAAGAAGAUAGUCAAUUGGGAAUCUCUAAAUCUUCAACCAGUUUAACACAAAAAUGGAGACCUAGUCCUCUUCCGGACUCUAAGUGUCAAGUUGGUGAAGAACUUGACCGCCGCCUUGGAACUAUAGAAAACUCAGUAAACAAGUUUGGAAAGAUCUUGGAUUCUCUUCUCAGUGACAUCUUACAACUAAACAAAGGAAUGAAGCAAGUUUCUCUGGAUGUGGAAAGCAUAUGGCAAAAGAUGCUUAUUAACAGUAGCUCGCUGCAAUCCAUGAACAAAGACCACGAUGACAUGAAAGCUAUCAUUGAUGGAGGCUUCAAAUUGAUAUCCGAUCAACUUAAGAAGGAUGCAUACCAAGAAAGGUUGCAUGAGAUUUCGGAUUUUCUUUCUUCAUUGGAAAAGCAAGUACAAGCUUCUCAACUUAAAUUAAAAAAUGACUUCAUCAGCACAUUCACCAAAGAAAUGAAGGCAAUGAUCUGUACCUUGAAGAACCCCUUGCAGAAAUUUCCACCUCACUCUAUUCAAUCUCCCGAGAGUAAUGCUUGUUUGGAUGUUCCAAAGCAGAAGCAACGUCGAUGUAAAAUUCAAUCUGCGGCUCCAAAUGUUUGCACUCAAGCAACUGGAGUACAAAAGGAGGAAGUAGGAAUGUGGAAAUCAGUAAAAGUGGGAAAGGCGUUUUGCACUAGUAGUGUGGUGAAAAGGGAUGAUCCAAAUAAAGUAAUUCCAUUUUCUGAACAGCAGCAGUGCCUGGUGCUAGAAAGGGAAUAUAGAGUUAUUGUUGAUUCCGAUGAGGAGAUUGAAAGAAGUUUCUCCUGCUUAAUUGAAGAGAAGAAAACAGGAAAAGAUGUACAUUACUAUUCCAUAGAAGAGGCCAAGAAAGAAACUUCCAGAAUUUUAAGGAAAGCAAGAAGGCAGAAAAGAAAAUACAGCAAUCUUAUAAUUAUUAAUUGAAGGUGCAAGAUGGGUCAGCACGAUCAGUAUGUAAAGAAGCCUUUCUUCUAGGUAAUUGGAUCCCUUAUCUUGCAUUUGAAUAUAAAUGCCCACUUUUGCAUGCUGUCCAUUAUGCUUAUCCUGAGCCUUCUUGCUUUUUCGUACAUCCUCCUUUUUUUUUCUUUUCCACUGCUCAAAUAUCCCUCCAUAUCUUUUCUUCCUUUUCCUUUCCCCCCUCUCCCACUUUGGAAUCUGGACCACUAACACACCACUUUCACUCAAAAGAUGAGCAUAACUCUAACUUACUCUUCACAUAAAAAAGACCCUUUUGUGUUAGGGAAGGCUCUUUUGUAGGACAUUAAAAUAAGUUUGAGCCAUUCCCAUUCUUAGCUUUUCUUUAAAAUGAAGCAAAGCUAGUAGAUAUAUCGGUUCCUCUUAACAUUGUAAUGUUCCCUUUUUGUUGUGGGUUUUUGGGAAUGGUGGGGUUUGAAUGAUGAAGCCCAUUACCAACUUUUCUUUUCUUUUCUUUUCUUUCUUCUUUCCCUUUGGAAAGUCCACGUUUCACUGAAUUUAACAAAGCCCACAAACCAGAUAUUGUUGUCUGCCAGUCCAACCAAGUCCCACAUGGAUGUUCUGUUUUAUCAAUACCCUGUUUUCUGGACCAUGAUUUGGGAAUCACGGGUUAUUUUACAACCCAUAAACUUCCCAAUUUUUGUCCACACUCAAAUUUCUGUUAGGUAUUCUUUGAAAAUUGCGAUUCUAAAAAAUGGCAUAUGGUUCAGAAAAGUGUAGAGUAUUGAAUUUCAAUAUAUACACACUGUGAACAUGAUUUGAGCCAUGUGAUAUAAAAUAAAGUCGGGAGCGGCAUGAGCGUUGUUUAACAUUUAAAA